AAGACGCAUUAAGGCACAUCCAUGCCGAAAAAGCAACGCUGUCAUCUCAGGUGGUGUCUAAUUUUGAGAUGCCUGACCACAGACCCACAUGGGUGGGACACAAACACGGGAGGAAGGAAGUAUGCAGGGGCCAGGAACGGAAGACGGAGCUAGAGGAGACCAGGGCAGAGCAGAUUGGUGUGACUGAGAGGAGGAAUCAUUUGGCAGCAUCAAAGGUACAGCAGCCCAGCCCACCAACCCAAGACAUGGGCAACACUAACAGCUGCACUGUGGAUGACCUGCAGGCUGUGGAGAUGCACCUGUGGUACAAGAAGUUCCUGACCGAGUGCCCCUCAGGUCAGCUGACUCUGCACGAAUUCAAGCAGUUCUUCGGCUUGCGGGGGCUCGACCCCGAAGCCAGUGCCUACAUCGAGCAGAUGUUCCGCACCUUUGACAUGAACAAGGACGGCACCAUCGACUUCAUGGAGUAUGUGGCUGCCCUGAGCCUCGUCAUGCGUGGGAAGAUGGAGCACAAGCUGCGGUGGUACUUCAGGCUGUACGACGUGGACGGGAACGGCUGCAUCGACCGGCAUGAGCUCCUGAACAUCGUCAAGGCUAUCAGAGCCAUUAACGGGAACGAAACUCAGGAAGUAUCGGUGGAGGAGUUUACCAACAGAGUGUUUGACAAGAUCGACGUCAACGGUGACGGCGAGCUGUCUCUGGAAGAGUUUGUGGCCGGGGCGCGCAGCGACAGCGACUUCAUGGAAGUCAUGAUGAAGAGUCUUGACCUUUCGCACAUCGUCGCCAUGAUCCACAACCGACGGAACAGCGUCUAGCACCUGCCCACCCCCACACUAGGCCAGACCUAGAGCUUCCCAGUGCUGAGCAGGGCAGGUGCGCCCUCCCUUGAUCAGAAUAAGCAAGUCAGACUUGCUCCAGUGAGUUGUGACUCGCCAUGGUUGGACUAAGACUUAGACAUCACAGGCAGGGGGCAGCGGAUGGGGCCCAUGGUACUAAUGAUGCUAAGAACUCAUUUAAAUGUCAAACGCAGUGACUACGAAAUGCUAUGCUGGCCCGUUAAGUGCAGGCUUUUGGACAAGCGUGUCCCUGGAGGUCACGUGACCUUUAAAGAACAAGGCACCGCCUGCCAGCCAACCUAAGAGAAUACAAAUGCACAGAAGGGAAUAGGGUACUGAAAACCACCAUGUCAGAGGAGAGCUGUCACCAUGGCAACAUAUGCUUACUGUGCAGGAAGUCAGAGCUCAGCCAUCACUGGAAGCGCCAGCAGGAGGGCUUACAGUGUUAUGUAAUGCCAACAGCGCAGUGGCACCCCCACAGGACCAGGGUUCGAAUCUCCACUCCAGCUCUACCAGUGAGGAGUUUGCAUGCUCUCCUUGGGUUGUAGGGUCUCCUCAGCAUUGUCUGGUUUUCACAGUCCAAGAACCUGCUAUAGGUUGAUUGGAGUUACCAAAUUGUCCAUAGGUGUGAGUGUGAGAGUGUGUGGUUGUGAGUGUGUCGGUGUGUGGUUGUGAGUGUGAGGGUGUGUGGUUGUGAGGGUGUCGGUGUGUGGUUGUGAGUGUGUCGGUGUGUGGUUGUGAGUGUGUCGGUGUGUGGUUGUGAGUGUGUCGGUGUGUGGUUGUGAGUGUGAGGGUGUGUGGUUGUGAGUGUGAGAGUGUGUGGUUGUGAGUGUGAGAGUGUGUGGUUGUGAGUGUGUCGGUGUGUGGUUGUGAGUGUGAGGGUGUGUGAGUGUGAGGGUGUGUGGUUGUGAGUGUGUCCGCCACAUGCUGGGAUCAGCAUCCAUAUAAACAUGCGAAACAACCGAAUGCUUGUAUUUACUUUACGAAAUAAGCAGUUUCAGCUGCCUGAAAUUCCUCUUUUUCCAUGUAUAAGAAAACAUGCAAAAAUACUUUUGAUUAGUACAAAACUGAUGUAAAUCGUUAACA